GCCAGUGAGUAAUCAGUCGGAGAUCCACCCAGCUUUUCUUUUCAAGUAACAAUCCAUUUAGUGCAGCUGCUUCCCCACUCCCAUCAGUGGCUGAGCUCUCUGGGGUCAGGAAGCUCCUCUACAGCCUAUGCCAGCAACAACAUUAUUCUUCCCAGGUCCACCCUGAACUCUGCAGCCAUGCUGAAGGUUUUGGUGGAGUCGGCUUCCAAUAUUCCCAAAACUAAACUUGGAAGGCCAGACCCCAUCGUCACCCUCACCUUCAGAGCUGAAAAAAAGAAAACUAAAGCGAUAGACAAUGAACUCAACCCAGUAUGGAAAGAGCUUCUGGAGUUUGAUCUGAAGGGAAUACCCCUGGACUACUCCUCGACGUUGGAGGUCACUGUCAAAGACUUUGAAACAAUCGGAAAAGACAAAUUCAUUGGAAGUACAAUUUUAUCUCUCAAAGAACUUGCAGGAGGGCAGAGUCGCUCAUCACUUCCAUUUAAAGGAGUAGCUCUAAUGAGUGAGAAAGGACAACCCAUUGGUUCCACUAUUGAUUUGAUGGUGUCCUAUGAGUCACCUGUAACCCCUACAAAUCAAAGUGACCCUGGAGGAACAAAUGUGCAAACAGAUGGAGACAAUGAUGAAGAAGAUGAUGUUGUCGACUCGGGAUUUAACCCAUUUAUACCAGGUGUUCCUGGUCAGACAGAAAAUCAAAUCGCUCGACGCCUUACCAAAGGAAAGAAAACCAGGAGGUUUAUUUCAAACAAACCUCAAGACUUCCAGAUUCGUGUUCGGGUGAUUGAAGGACGUCAACUGUCUGGUAAUAACAUAAAACCGGUUGUGAAAGUUUGCAUUUGUGGACAGACCCACAGGACAAGAAUCAAAAGAGGAAACAAUCCAUAUUUUGAUGAGAUCUUUUUCUACAAUGUGAAUAUGUCACCAUCUGAGCUGUUUGAUGAGUCCGUAUCAAUCAGAUUAUUCAACUCUGGGUCUAUUCGAGCUGACAGUUUAAUAGGAGAAUUCAAGCUUGAUGUUGGAUUUGUAUACGAUGAACCAAGUCAUGCAGUCAUGAGGAAGUGGGUCCUGCUCCAGGAUCCUGACGACCAGAAUGCCGGGGCUAAGGGAUAUCUCAAAGUCAGCAUGUUUGUUAUUGGCACCGGUGACGAGCCACCUGUGGAAAAGAGAGACAAGGAAAAUGAAGCUGAUGAUGUAGAAAGUAAUCUCCUCCUUCCUCCUGGAGCAGCACUUAGAUGGGUCACCUUCCUCCUGAAAAUCUACAGAGCUGAGGAUAUUCCACAGAUGGAUGAUGCUUUUGCACAAUCGGUUAAGGAACUGUUUGGAGGAGACUCGGACAAGAAAAAUCUAGUUGACCCAUUUGUAGAAGUGGCAUUUGCUGGCAAAAAGGUCAUUACUAAAACAAUAGAAAAGAAUGCAAAUCCAGAGUGGAACCAAGCUGUCAAUCUUCAGAUAAAGUUCCCAUCUAUAUGUGAGAAUAUAAAGCUAACAGUUUUUGACUGGGACAGACUCUCCAAGAAUGAUGCCAUUGGAACAACUUCUUUGAGCUUGUCUAAGAUUGCUGCUUCUGGUGGUGAAAUGGAAGAAAGUGACACGAUGACAUUUGGGUCUUCAGCACUGGAAGGAGUGAAUGAAAAGGAGGUUGGGUUUUUACCCACCUUUGGCCCUUGUUAUUUGAACCUGUAUGGGAGUCCAAGAGAAUUCACUGGUUUCCCUGACCCUUUUGACGAUCUCAACUUUGGAAAGGGUGAAGGUGUAGCCUAUCGAGGAAGAAUCCUUGUAGAGUUGGUAACCAAGCUUGAUGGCACUCCAGGUAAAAGGAUAGAGGAUAUCCCCAGUGAUGAUAUUCUUGUUGUAGAGAAAUAUCAGCGCAGGCGGAAGUUCAGCUUGUGUGCUGUCUUCCAUUCCGCCUCCAUGUUACAGGAUAUUGGUGAAGCCAUACAGUUUGAAGUCAGCAUUGGAAAUUACGGCAACAAGUUUGACAGCACUUGUAAACCCCUGGCAUCAACGACUCAGUACAGCCGUGCAGUAUUCGAUGGUAACCUCUAUUACUAUCUCCCAUGGUCAUCCACUAAACCUGUAGUAACAAUGACAUCUUACUGGGAAGAUAUUAGUCAUCGUCUAGAUGCUGUCAACAUUUUGCUGACUAUUAUCGAACGUCUGCAAUCCAACAUUACCACCUUGAAAACGGCAAUCCAGGGCAAGAUUCCCGAUGCUCGACUGGCAGAGAUAUGGCUAAGAUUAAUUGAUCAGCUGAUAGAGGACAUUAUGAAGCCUCUUCCCUCUCUGGAAGGAAAAUCCCAUGUGACAAUGUUGGAUAUUCAACUAGCUAAACUCAGACAGAAUUCUCUAAAGUUGAUUGGGGAUGCUGCAGUCAGGUUGAGAGACGACGCCACUGAUGUAAAAGCAACACUGUCAGAGAUUGAGGACUGGCUGGAAAGGCUGCAACAAAUAUCAGAGGAGCCACAAAACAGUAUGCCGGAUGUGAUCAUCUGGAUGAUCAGAGCGGAGAAGCGGCUGGCUUGUGCUCGCAUCCCGGCCCACCAAAUCCUCUUCUCCACCACCAGUGAGGAUGCCUGUGGGAAACAUUGUGGAAAGACCCAGACCAUCUUCCUACAGUACCCAAUGGAUAAGAACAAUGGUGUGAAGAUUCCUUGCCAGCUAAGAGUCAACUUUUGGUUGGGACUGUCCGCAGUGGAGAAGAAAUUUAACAGCUACUCUGAGGGGACCUUCAGUGUGUAUUCAGAGAUGUAUGAGAACCAGGCUUUGAUGUUCGGCAAAUGGGGAACCACAGGUCUGCUGAAGCGGCCCAAAUUUUCUGAUGUCACUGGAACAAUGAAGCUGAAACAAGAGAGUUUCCUUCCACCUAAAGGAUGGCAGUGGGAGGGCGAUUGGUGUGUGGACCCUGAGAGGAGCUUACUAACCGAAGCAGACGCCGGUCACAGCGAGUUCACAGAUGAAGUAUAUCAGAAUGAGAGCCGCUAUCCUGGUGGUGAAUGGAAACAAUCUGAUGAGACGUACACAGAUGUCAACGGGGAUAAGAGCCGUGCUCCAGGGGAGUUUGAGUGCCCAUAUGGAUGGAUGUGGGAGGAUGAUGCCUGGUCCUAUGAUAUUAAUCGAGCUGUUGACGAGAACGGUUGGGAAUACGGCAUCACCAUUCCUCCAGACUCCAAACCCAAGUCUUGGGUGGCUGCAGAGAAGAUGUACCACAUUCACAGGAGGCGAAGGCUAGUGAGGAAGAGGAAGAAGGACCCUAAUGUCGCCGCUGUCAGAAAGGCAACCCUUUCUCAAGAGGAGCAGGAAGGCUGGGAAUAUGCCGCUCUCAUAGGCUGGAAAUUUCACUUGAAACAGCGAAGCUCUGACACGUUCCGACGAAGACGCUGGAGAAGAAAAAUGGCCCCUUCGGAGAGUCUCGGAGCAUCUGCUAUUUUCAAACUGGAAGGCGCUCUUGGCACUGAUGUGAGCUCGGAGGACGAAGAAAAGAAGGAGAAGGAAUCUGCAGCUGCUAUUUUUGGAGCAAACACUCCAAUUGUCUCCUGUAUCUUCGACCGCAUCUUUACAUAUCACCUUCGCUGCUAUCUUUACCAAGCUCGGAGUCUGACUGCCUUGGAUAAGGACAGUUUUUCUGACCCCUAUGCACAUGUAUCAUUCCUCCACCGCAGUAAAACCACAGAGAUAAUGCAUUCAACUUUGAACCCCACAUGGGACCAAACCCUAAUCUUCAAUGAAGUUGAAAUCUAUGGAGAUCCCCAAGCAGUAGCUCAUAAUCCACCCAAUGUAGUUAUUGAAAUAUUUGACAACGAUCAAGUGGGAAAAGAUGAAUUUAUUGGAAGGAGUUUGUGCCCACCACUUGUAAAACUGACCCCUAUGGAGAUUUCACCAAAACUCUUGUGGUAUCCCGUCAUGAAGGCUGGCAAACACUGUGGGGACAUCCUGGUUGCUGCAGAACUCAUUCUAAAAGACAAGGAUGGAUCCAACCUGCCAAUACUGCCAUCCCAGAGAGCUCCAAAACUCUACAUGGUUCCUCAAGGAAUCCGUCCUGUGGUUCAACUCACUGCCAUUGAGAUACUUACCUGGGGAUUACGCAACAUGAAGAGUUACCAGAUGGCAUCGGUCACCUCUCCAAGCCUCGUUGUGGAGUGCGGUGGGGAAAUUAUCCAAAGUGCAAUGAUUAAAAACCUCAAAAAGACCCCUAACUUUUGCAGCAAUGUUCUCUUCAUGAAAGUGCUUCUACCAAAAGACGAGAUGUAUGUUCCUCCCAUAAUUGUUAAAGUGAUUGACCACAGACCUUUUGGAAGAAAGCCGGUGGUAGGACAGUGCACUAUUGAUUCACUGGAAAAUUUCCGGUGCGAUCCAUACACUACAAGACCAGAAGAUGCCGCAGAGUCAAGAGUUGCAAUCUUGUCUUCUGCCUCUCCCCGUGAUGUAGUCAUCGAUGUGGAGGACACUAGACCACUGCUGGCAUCACAGCUGUUAAGCAGCAUGUCAAGAGCAGUCGAAAAAAUGACUUCACCGACCACAGUGCAUUUACAAGAGAAGGAGGAAGAAAUUGUGGACUGGUGGAGCAAAUAUUACUCAUCAGUUGGAGAACAUGAGAAAUGUGGCCAGUAUUUGCAGAAAGGCUAUGACACCUUAAAGGUGUAUGACACUGAGCUGGAGGAAGUUCCCGAUUUCCGUGGCCUUACAGACUUCUGUGAAACAUUUAAGCUUUAUAGAGGGAAGGCUGACGAGUGUGAUGAUCCUUCUGUCGUUGGGGAAUUUAAGGGUUCUUUACGUCUAUACCCUCUCUCGGAUGAUCCCGGUGUCCCCUGCCCACCCCGACAAUUCCGAGAGCUGCCGGACAGCGGACCUCAGGAGUGCACCGUUCGUAUCUACAUUAUCAGAGGAAUAGAUCUGCAGCCAAAGGAUAGCAAUGGCCUGUGUGAUCCUUACAUCAAAAUUACUCUGAGUAAGAAAGUGAUCGAAGAUCGGGAUAACUAUAUUCCUAACACUUUGAAUCCUACAUUCGGAAGAAUGUACGAACUGAAUUGCUUCUUACCUCAAGAGAAAGACCUGAAGAUUUCGGUCUAUGAUUAUGACACUGUGACACGGGAUGAGAAAGUUGGAGAAACGAUUAUAGAUUUGGAAAACCGAUUCCUCUCCCGCUUUGGAAGCUUUUGUGGCAUUCCACAAACCUACUGUGUCACAGGAAUAAAUCAGUGGAGGGCCCAGCAAAAGCCAACACAGAUUUUGCAGACUGUGGCCAGAUUAAAGGGCGUCCGUCCGCCAGUGUAUUCAGAAAACGGAACCAAAGUCAGCUUUUCAGGACGCGAUUAUAUACUUGAGAACUUAGAGGCAAAUAAGAAAAUGCAUCAGCACUUGGGACCUGCCACUGAGAGGCUUGCUCUGUAUGUACUAAGAAACCAAGGCCUAGUUCCAGAACAUGUGGAAACCAGGACAUUGUAUAGCACUUUCCAACCAAACCUCCCACAGGGCAAACUGGAGAUGUGGGUUGAUGUCUUCCCUAAAUAUUUGGGUCCUCCCGGACCUCCCUUCAACAUCACGCCCCGCAAAGCCAAGAACUAUAUCCUGCGGGUGAUAGUAUGGAACACUAAAGAUGUACUUCUGGAUGAGAAAAGCAUUACUGGGGAAGAAAUGAGCGAUAUCUAUGUCAAAGGCUGGAUUCCUGGCAAUGAGGAGAACAAGCAGAAAACAGAUGUGCACUAUCGGUCAUUGGACGGUGAAGGAAACUUUAACUGGCGAUUUGUGUUCCCGUUUGAAUACCUUCCAGCAGAACAGCUCUGUGUUAUUUCUAAGAAGGAGCAUUUCUGGAGCCUUGAUAAAACGGAGUUCAAGUUGCCACCAAAGCUUAUACUUCAAAUCUGGGACAAUGACAAAUUUUCUCUGGAUGACUACUUAGGUUUUGUUGAACUUGAUUUACACCGGGCCUUAAUUCCAACAAAAACCUCAGAAAAAUGCAAAUUAGAAAUGGUUGAUCUUGCCAAACAUUCCAAAGUGGCUUCUUUGUUCGAACAAAAGUCCAUGAGGGGCUGGUGGCCGUGUUAUGCAGAGAAGGAUGGAGAUCGUGUUUUGGCAGGGAAACUUGAGCUGACUCUGGAAAUUCUGAAUGAGAAAGAGGCAGAAGAAAGGCCAGCUGGCAAGGGCCGUGAUGAACCCAACAUGAACCCAAAGUUAGAUCCACCAAACCGACCAGAAACAUCCUUCCUUUGGUUCACAAAUCCUUGCAAGACAAUGAAAUUUAUUGUGUGGCGCAGAUUCAAAUGGGUCUUCAUUGGCAUCAUCGUACUGCUGCUUGUUCUGCUCUUCCUUGGAGUAUUCUUGUAUUCAUUGCCCGGUUACAUUUCAAUGAAGAUUGUGAGACCAAAUUCAUAAGAUGCAUCUUCUCCAUAAUAGUAUUUUGGCUUAUGAUGUUGGGCUGGAUCCUGCAAUAUAUUUCAAGUAGAUCUAACCUUGUUCUCAUGUCUGCUAAAUAUAAUAAAUUGGAGAAAUCUAAAACCAAGGUUACAGAAGGUUCAUGGGGUCAUGACUCGUGUAGUAAGUUGUGUUUUGCCAAGAAUAUUUCACAAGUACACCUCAGGUGAUGGAUAUUUAAUAUGUUUACUAAAUUUCUUCAGAAAUGCACAUUCCAAUUUUUACUGAAAAGCUGAUCCUGAGAAGUGUAAUAAUGGGAGUUCUUUUUUCACCAAAGUAAAUACUAUUUUAUAAAUGUUAAAAUGUGCAAUAAACCCAGUGUACGUGUAUAUGAGAACAAAGCACAGAGCACCAUUAUAUUCUUGUACUUUUUAUAUAAUAAUCUUACAGUUCUAGUAAAAUAUUGUGAACACUAAAUAAAGGUUACCAUGUCAAGUUUUCUAUGCA